ACAACAACCCGGCACUGCUCCAUGCGGAUCAUACGCAUAAAAUCUCUUGCCAUUUGAUCCCCCAGCGAGUUAGUGGCAAUAAUACUUAACACCAUGUUCUUUCCGUAAAAUGAUAUUCCUUCCGUGGUCACCAUGUUUUCUUCGCUGCAAUAACAUCUGCCAGACAUUUUCUUGAUUUUCUAAUCGAAACAUGGCGUUAGAUUACGCUUAUAAUUGUCGCAAUGCAACAUAUUCAACGGACAACUGCUCAACGCCGGACACCAGUGAAGUUUAUUACCAGGAUUUCCUCGACUUGUCGCGUUUCUGGAUCCAGCGAAUUUUCAUUCCCAUCAUCAGUAUUGUUGGGAUUAUUGUUAAUUGUAUGACAAUUAUUGUGUUUUCCCAGCGGCGACUGCGCAGUUCCACCAACAUGUACCUGAAAGCACUGGCGGCAUUUGACCUUUUGUACCUGAUGAGUGUGCUGACAUUGUCGUUUUAUCAUUAUCCCAAUCACCAUCCUUAUUUUACGUACUACAAACCGUACGGAUACUUCAUUACAGAUUUCGCCAGUAAUGUCAGCGUGUGGCUGACGGCAGCCUUCACCGUGGAACGGUUUACCGUUAUUCGUAAUCCGAUGAAAAGUAUGAAACAUGCCACGUCGCAGUUUGCUAAGAGGGUCGUCUUUACCAUUACGGUGUGCUGUUUUGUUGCAACGUUUCCCACAUUGAUGGAAUAUCAUGUACAAGACCGAUACAAUCUGCUGACCAAUACAACCGUCUUGGAAUUACAUCCAACCGCGUUAGGGAAGAAUGCCACGUAUAAAAACGUGUUUUACUGGUUCACGUCCGUCACCUUUGUAUUCUUACCGUUCCUGUUAAUUGCCGCACUGAAUAUGUUUUUGUUGCGGUCACUGCGAGCAGCGCGCAGUAUUCGUUCGUCCUUAUCAUCGGCGGUGCUAGCGUCGGAAUUACGGACCACAUUUUUACUGGUGACGGUGAUACUAAUGUUUUUAUUCUGCCAGACACCGGCGGCGGUUAUGCUGAUUGUGUCCCUUUUCAAUGAACGACAUGGUUUCAUGCCGGACAAUCUUCAGAGGGGGCUCAACAAUAUCAUUAACCUCCUGGUGGCGGUUAACGCCUGUGCAAACUUUUUCCUGUAUGUGGGGUUGUCGAUCAAGUUCCGGAAGACAUUUUUAAGUCUACUUUUCCUCCAAAUGAAGCGCAAGCUAUCAGCCCGAUCGAUACAAACUCCCAACGGGCUGAAUGGAUACAACUUAGCCAACUGUCCCUAUGGAUGACGUAAUACUGUUAUGACAAGUGAGAUUAUGAUGAACCAUGAAACAUUUCCGGUUACAAUUCUUCUCUGUGCUGCGGUACAUAUUCGCCAGUGUGCGGAUUAUUUCGGCGCACCAGCAAAGAUUAAAGCUGAUGUUGUCUGGAUGGGAACAGCGAAGGCUACUUGCCAAGAGGCAAGUAUGGUAGUCGAACCGGCGACUGACAAGAUUUUUUUGUGUACUUGUAUACGCCGCAGAUUCUGAUUACGAUGGUGCGCACUCGAUCGUACUGCAGCAUGUUUCCAUAUGAAUCUCCCAAAGUGAAUUGCGAUAAAAUAUUUUACUGUGCGAUUGUAUCUGACAUAUUUGUCAAUGGUUACUUUGUACUGUUCGGAAAAACAUUUCUAGAUGUGUUUAUUUUUCUACCACUGUAAUCUGUAAUAAAAUAGCACUGCUUGUUUUAACUCUAAAGUUUCCAGGGGAUAUUUUCUUUGGUUUCGAUCGCUUGCUGUUACGCACUUGGAAAUUCUGCGAGGGCGGAGUGACAUGAGUUAUAGGGCAAGUGGUUAAGCACCGUAACCCGGCGUCCAAAUUUAUCAUCAGGCACCAACUAACGAAAUAUUUUUCUACGUAAUUCCAAAAGGCCAAAGCGCUAUAAUUCUUCGUUAACAGAUGCGCGCAAAGCACAUUGUGAUUCAAUGUGAUUUAACGUGGCAUUCUACACCUCGCUGUGAUUAUACUCGGAUUUCAGUCUUAAUAAAGAACAACAUGACCAUAGUGUUUUCUGGCAGUCUGAAAAAGUUGUAUUUGGUUGUUGGUGGCAUACUUUGAUUACGCCAAGCCCAUAAUAAUAUACUGACUUAUUAACGACAUUGUACGCAAGUGUGAUGAGCAGGUUGUUCGGCUAAAAAUAACGGUAUUAAACGGAGACGACAUGUUGUUAACAUCGACGGGAAGUCAGGGUUGUAAACUUA